AUGCUCCCAGAUUCACUCUCUUCAAGCUACGAGCGGUACAAGGCAGACUCGGAUAAUGUCGCAAACUGGCUAGCUACCACCGCCAGACUAUGUGGCUAUGCGCCGAUUGACUGUUCUUCGGCAGCGGUGACUGCUCCCACCCAGCCCACCUCGCGCCUGAAAGGUAAGGCACGAAAGCUUGCGCGUGAAGCCAGUAGAGAAUCAGUCGCAGCAGAAACGCGCCCUUCACGUGCUUAUCGCGUGCAGACGAAGGAGUACGUGCCUCUUGCACAGUGUAUCACCACGUCUACCAAACCACGUAUCAUAGUCCCGGCGUCUUUUGGCUAUGCAUUGCAACGAGCUAUCAAGGACCGAAGGCGACAUCAAGACUGGCAUAGCAAGCAAGCCUCGAAUGCAGUCCUUCCCGAAAACCAAGAUGGCCACGGCUAUUUCAUUGACGUUCUGGAACGUGUGCAAGAAAUUCUACGGCCCAAGUUCGCCUCCGGUGUCACACCGAAAAGUACAGAUUCUCAGGACAACCCUGGAGACAGGCAUAUUGCAAACAAGUUCGCAAGUCUUUUACUGGAAGACACGACCGAUGCCCUUACCGAGGACGAAAUGAUCGGCAGACCCAGUCCUGGAGGCGAGGUACAGUUCGUGAGUGACCUUGGUACGAAGAGCGAAGAGGCGUUCACGGCAUCGGCAUAUCUGUGGAUGGAUGUCCACAGCAUCCGUUCACUCAUUCGCAAUCUUUGGGUGGCAUAUGGAGACGGGAAGAUAGACUCGGUAGCCGCAUCUGUAACCACCAAUACCGCAAUCGACUUCGUCCGGAACCUCCAAGAGGACUUUGAUACCGCCGACAAGGACGCCAGUAUUCAAGACGCUGAUGUGCCGUGUUUGGCGUCCGCUCACAAGAUCGUGUCGGUCUUGUCAAAGUUUCUUGCAGUCGAUCCUUCGAGCUACGUGCCCCCCGCGGUGCCGGCGUAUGUGGAAGCUUACGACAAAGAGACGAAUCUGCUUCCCGAUUAUCAGGUCUUGAUGCGACACUUUGCUCGGAUCCAGGCAGAGCACGAGGUCAUCCGAGGGCUCCGAGAGUUCAUCCAACACAAGCAACCGACGUUCUCGCUUUCCUUUGCGAUACAGGUCUCCAUCGACAUACGCCACGUUCUUCGCGACAUCACACGGGUGCUAGACUUCCACGAAAAGUCGCAUCCCGAUAAACCCUCUGGUCUUAAGGACGUGUUAGAACUUAUGGCUCGAUGGACAGAAAAAGAUACAGUCGGCGACAUCAGACGUGGCAUGCAAGCAGACCCUACGUCGUCGGGUCACAUUCCGGAAUACUACCUACUCCAAAGUGAUCCUUUCUGGUGUGGACUUCUCCUGUACAACUUCAGAAUGGUCACAUACGAGGGCGCUAUCGUAACAGAAAACUCCUACCCAUCCAUUCUGGCCACUGCUCAUCUCUACAACUGCCUGGGGCUCGAUAGCGCACUGAACCGCCAAUGGACUGACAUGGAGAAUGUUCUCUCCGCACAAGGUAUCAACAAGAUGUUUGUUGGCGAUCUUCCGACUUCAUACCAAGAUUGUGCCAAGCGCCAUGGCCUCGCCAUUGGUAUGUCAGCGGUCAAUUUCGCGCGCAACCCACGCAAGCUCCGGGAAUCAUUGCUCCGGGAAUCGGUUCCCAAACGGCCGCACAACAAGAUCAGGGAGUUAGAAAGAGUGACACCCGUAUCUUGGGUCUUCAAAGCCCGGUACUGCGAUAACAGUGGCCGCGUAGGGUUUGAGCCGAGUGAUGUAGCGACGGUCUUGCGCAACAAUACCGCGGGAGAAGAUGGGACAAAAGGCACCAAGGCCACAGGGAAGACGGACAUAUGCAAGCUGCUGGUCCAUUUGGUCGGUGCACUCCACCAAGAGGUGCUGGAGGCCACCUUCGAUUACUUUCAGAUGCACAUGACCUGCUGGGACUUGCUACGGCGGGUAGACAACGUUCUUGGAUCGAGGAUAACAGAGUGGCCGAGCCUCCGUCACGAUGAAAAUCUCCUGCCAUCUCUAGUGUUAUUCUUACUGGCAGAUAUAGCGCAGACUCCAAGGCUAGACAGAGUGGCAGAGGGUGGACUUCUUCGUGACGCCAGGCAGGUUUUAGAUGAGGUGAUCACCCAGGAGGGAGCGCUGGUAACGACGAAACGCAAUCGACAGUUAACUGAGUCUUUCAUGACACGCAUAGUGGGCAGGACUUGA